AUGAACGAGACACAGCCUCAGUGGUUAAGCGACAGCCUUAAGCAGCUACAGCCGUCCCGGCCGGCGCCUCUCGCCUCCUGCGCCCCGCCGCAGCUGCCCGACGGGCCGGGGGACGGCGGGCCGGAGGAGUUGGAGGAGGAUGAUGCCUUUUCCAGCGUGCAGGUGCCGGCGGCCGCCUUCUUGGUCUCCGGGACCCCCGGGAGUGGGAGCGGCAGUCGGGGUCGCCUCAACUCGUUCACUCAGGGAAUCCUGCCCAUCGCCUUCUCCAGGCAGACCUCGCAGAACUACUGCUCCCUGGAGCAGCCGGGCCAGGGGGGCAGCACCAGCGCCUUGGAGCAGCUGCAGAGGUCCCGACGACGCCUCAUUUCCCAGAGAUCAUCCUUGGAAACGCUGGAAGAUAUUGAGGAGAAUGCCCCUUUACGGAGAUGUCGAACUCUCUCAGGUUCACCCAGACCAAAGAACUUUAAGAAGAUUCAUUUUAUCAAGAACAUGCGGCAGCACGAUACCAGGAAUGGCAGAAUAGUCCUUAUCAGUGGCAGAAGAUCCUUCUGUAGUAUAUUUUCAGUGCUGCCCUAUCGUGACAGUGCCCAAGCGGGGGAUUUGAAAUUGGAUGGAGGGAAACAAUCAACAGGUGCCAUGAGCUUGAAAGAGAUCAUUGGCCUUGAAGGAGUGGAGCUGGGAGCUGACGGGAAGACUGUUUCUUACACCCAGUUUCUGUUACCCACAAAUGCCUUCGGAACCCGGAGAAAUACCAUAGACUCCACCUCCUCCUUCUCCCAGUUCCGCAACCUGAGCCACCGCAGCCUCUCCAUAGGACGCGCGAGCAGCACCCAGGGGAGCCUCGACACAGGUAGCGACCUGGGAGACUUCAUGGACUAUGACCCAAAUCUCCUAGAUGACCCCCAGUGGCCUUGUGGCAAGCACAAGCGAGUUCUGAUCUUUCCUUCGUACAUGACCACCGUCAUUGACUACGUGAAGCCCUCUGAUCUCAAGAAGGACAUGAAUGAGACCUUCAAGGAGAAAUUUCCUCACAUUAAAUUAACACUCAGCAAAAUAAGGAGUCUAAAGCGAGAGAUGCGGAAGCUUGCCCAGGAGGACUGCGGCUUUGAGGAGUCCACGGUGGCCAUGGCCUUUGUCUAUUUUGAGAAACUCGCCCUCAAGGGAAAGCUAAACAAACAGAACCGGAAGCUUUGUGCCGGAGCAUGUGUACUAUUAGCGGCCAAAAUCGGAAGUGACCUCAAAAAACACGAAGUCAAGCAUUUAAUUGACAAACUGGAAGAGAAGUUCCGGCUGAAUAGACGCGAGCUGAUUGCCUUUGAAUUCCCAGUGUUAGUGGCCUUGGAAUUUGCUCUUCAUCUGCCAGAGCACGAGGUCAUGCCCCAUUACAGACGCCUGGUGCAGAGCUCCUAGCACAGGCCCCACGGAGGGCCAGGACCGCUUCCUCUGAGCUUGCAGAAGAGCACUUACUACUGGAAAUACAAAAAUAGAACUCGACACACCAGCCUUUUCUCCUCUCCACAUGUUUUCAUGUAGAAGCAGUACCGGAAACUAUUCAGGGAGUCUUGGUCUGGCUAGCUGGGAUGAGCCGGGAGCGGUUAUUACCCAGCAGGGGAAGGGGAGAACGGUGCGCAAGAUGGCACAGGGCCUUCAGCCUUCCCCCUGGCGAGACUCCGCGGCUGUCCCCUCCCUGCUGUCCCCGGGCACCCAUGGACCUCGCCCGUGUGGUGCAGACCUGGUCCGACGCCAUGCAAAGUUGCAGAGCAGGUGGGGCGGGGGGAGAGAAUGGACAGCAGCCGGGGGAACGCUUUUAAAACGUCCCCUCACUGUGUCAGAAGAGUGUGCCAAUCUAUUUUCGUAUCAGCUCUUGGAAGUGCACUUCUCCCCGGAGCGUGUGAGUGUGAGAACGUGUGUGUCUGCCGCUACACAUCAGUGCCCAGAGCCGGUGCCGCACGCUGGAGGGCAGACCUCCUCCUGGGGUCGCGAGCUGGGCUGACAGUCGGCAGUUAGUUCUAGAUCAUCUCUGAAUGGCACUCACUCUCUUCACUCCACACCAGACUGUCUGGCAUCCCCUGCCCUGAAAGGUGAAGUCGUUUCCUCCCCUACCACCAAUGGGACAAAGAUGACAAGGUCUCGGCAUUGGGUUGCGUGGAAAGGCAUAGAGCACAGUGCUGUGUACCUUUCUGCCGCCACGCCAUGUGUAUAUGUGUGACCUUCGCACUUUUCCCCUGUGGAGGCGGCUGGGGUUGUGCUCCGUGGUGUGUAUUUCUGUACUCUAUGUUAGAGUGCAUAAUAAGCACGUUGAUUGUGCUAUAUAUAUAUAUAUAAAUGUUUUAUAAAAAUCCAGAGUAAGGUAAGACGCAUGAUGGGUGUUUCGAGGCUUUUGAUGGCUGGAAGCAACUGCUCUUUGAGUUGCGGUUCAGUAACCUGAGGGGACGGUGACUUAGCAUCUGCCCCAUACGCACGGCUGUCUGUGCUGACUUGGAACUGUAGCUUGUCUGGACUGACUGAGAUGACGUCCCCAUACCAGCCCCUCGCAGCCACGAGAGGGGUGCCUGCUGGAGGCCACCUGCCUGAAGAUAGCCGUGGCCAUAUAAAAAGAGAAUUAAAGUAUUUUGUUUCUAUAUA